CUGUAAGUCCAUAGAUUGAGUCAGAAGGUGUGUCAGUCAGGGGGAGUAGAGUCUAAGUGGUGAGGAGUGGAACCGUUGUCUGGUUGUGCACCAAUCACCAUGGUUGACACCCGUAGUGGGAAGAGUACUGCCCCCCAAUCUGAGGCUGAGCAGGCCCGGAUUGCCGCCAUCCUGAGGGAGAGGAAAGAGAAGAAGGAGCUCUUGAAGUGGGCGAAGUUAAAGGCCAUUGCAGAGGAGCAGGCGGCAAAGAAGAAGAGAUUGGAGGAGGAGAUGUUGAGAUUUCAAAAGGAGAAGAUGUUGCAAAUACAGCUAGAGGAAGAGGAAAGAAGAAGGGCUGCAGAGGAAGAAGUAGCAGCAGAGGAGGCGGAAGAAGAAGAGGAAGAGCCCCUUGAAAGAAGGCGUGGGGAACAGAGAGGAGAAGCAAGUGGCAAGAAGGAGGAAGACAGAUGGAGGGAGAAGAAGAUUAGUGAAUGGGUGGCUAACUUAUCUUUGGGAGAAGAUGAAGAGGCACAACUAUAUGUGUCACAGGAGGAGAGGGAGGCGUUUGCCAGGGCACUAGAAUUGAUAGAGGAUAUCCUGGAAUGCCAGGCGAUAGAGGAUGAGAAGAAGUUGGAGUGGAAGUUGAAGAUGAUGAGGGAAAAGAAAAGAAGGAGGGAGGAAGCCAGCAGAAUAGCCGGGGAGGUUGAGCGAGUGCGAACCGGCAGGCAGGAGUUACAGGCCCAGACAGAGGUCUCUGCCAAAUUAGAUAAGAUGAUGGGCUUCCCGGAAGUCUUGAGUGAGGCCUGGCUGGAGGAGCACCAGGCCCGUAAGGGUCAAGAAGUGACCCUGCAAGCGAUGCGAUCCGGGUUCAGGGACUUUGCGAGCGACGUGGUGGGCCACGUCGGAUCUGAAAUUAGAAGAUUGAGGGAUGGCGUAGACAAGUUUUGCGCUGGUGCCAUAGAGACCGCCAAAGUUGUGGCCACAACAGAGGCCACGGCGCUGAAAAAGGAGCAGUUAGAGGAUUGGGUCUUCGUAGUGUAUGUGAGGCCUGUCACUGAGCCUAAGCAAGAAGAUAGUUCCACAAAUCCGGCUAUUGCCAAGCUGCUGGAAGAGUUCAAAGACUUAAUUGAGCCACCGACAGGAGUAGUGUCGUGGCCGAUCCAACACAGGAUAGAGAUAGAGCCUGGCAGUAGAACUCCUAAGGGAGCAGUCUACAGGAUGUCCCCUAGGGAGUUAGAGGAGCUGCGCAAGCAACUGGAUGAACUCCUAGAGAAAGGUUGGAUUAGGCCCAGUUCGCCUCCUUUUGGAGCACCAGUUUUGUUUGUCCCCAAGAAGGAAGGAGAGUUGCGCAUGUGUAUAGACUAUAGGGGUCUGAAUGCGAUUACAGUUAAGAAUGUUGAACCACUGCCCAGAAUAGACGAUCUCCUAGAUCGGGUGCAGGGUUGUAAGUAUUUUUCAAAAAUAGAUUUGAAGUCCGGAUACCAUCAGAUAGAGGUCCACCCUGAUGAUCAGUACAAGACUGCGUUCCGGACUAGAUACGGGCAUUAUGAGUUCAUAGUGAUGCCCUUUGGACUGACCAAUGUGCCAGCUACAUUUCAGCGAUGUAUGAAUGAUCAGUUCAGACCUUGGUUGGAUAGAUUCGUCGUAGUUUACUUAGACGAUAUCUUAGUGUUCAGUAGGACCCUCCAAGAGCACCAGGGUCAUUUGAGGCAGGUCUUGGAGAAGCUCAGAGAAGCUAACUUCAAGAUCAAAGCAAAGAAGUGCGAGUGGGCCAAGACACAAGUUUUGUACUUGGGCCACGUAUUAGACGGAGAUGGCAUUAAGCCAGAGGACGGCAAGAUAGCGGCAAUUAGAGACUGGCCGACGCCCCGCACGUUGACAGAGUUGCGGUCGUUCUUAGGCCUAGCUAACUACUAUAGGAAGUUCGUGAGGAACUUCUCGACUAUCGCCGCACCCCUUCGCAGAUUGCUCAAGAAAGAAGCGAUCUGGCAAUGGGAUAAGGACUGUACGUCUGCGCUAAAGAAGUUGAAGCGCGCGUUGAUAGAGUACCCUGUCCUCAAGGUAGCAGAUCCGUCGUUGCCAUUUGUCGCAGAGUUCAUGUCAGCGAGGAUGCCCUCAGAGAAGGUAGCUACAUCGACGUACGAGAGAGAACUUUACGCUCUUAGGCAGGCUUUAAAGCAUUGGAAGCAUUACCUGCUUGGGAGGCACUUCAAGGUGUAUUCAGACCAUGAGACGCUUAGAUGGCUGAAGACACAGGCCAAGAUGACACCUAAGUUGACUAGGUGGGCCGCUGAGAUAGACCAAUAUGACUUUGAGCUCAAGCCAGUUAAGGGCAAGUACAAUGUAGUUGCGGAUGCUUUGAGUAGAAGGUCAGACUACUUUGGAGCCAUAGUUCACUAUCUAGACAUAGGGAGUGACCUGCAAGAGAAAGUUAGACAGGCUUAUGCGCAUGACCUUAUUUACAGUGACCUCCUCAAGAAAGUCAAGGAGGCCCCAGAGACUGAGCCAGAUUACCACACUACAGAGGGGUUAUUAUUUGAGAAGAUUAAUGUAGUAGACCGCCUAUGCGUUCCCAACAGUGAGGAGAUUCGGAGUCUGAUCCUAGGGGAAUGCCAUGAUACAGAGGGACAUUUCGGUUGGCAAAAGACUUAGCCAAUCUUAUGCACGCGUACACAUGACCAGGAAUGAAAAACGACUGCAUAG